AUGGAGAAGAGGAAGAAGGCGGAGGAGGACGAGGAGCAGAAGCAGCCGCCGGCGGCGGCGGCGGCGGCGGAGAGCUCCUGGGGCGACCUGCUCCCGGAGAUCCUCCGGGAGAUCCUGUCGCGGGUGCCGUACCGGUCGCUGUGCCGCUUCAGGUGCGUCUCCACCGCAUGGCUGGCGCUCUGCUCCGACCCGGCCGUCCGCAGGAGGUCGCCGCAGACGCUCUCCGGCUUCUUCUGCUACUCCCAGCACGACGUCGGCGGCGGCCAGCGCCGUGACGGCCUCGGCUUCCUCAACCUGUCCGGGUGGGGCCGGCCGCUGGUCGACGACCCCUCCCUCCGCUUCGUGCGCGUGCGCGGCUACUGCGACGUCACGCCCCUGCACUGCUGCGGCGGCAUCCUCCUCUGCUACUGCGAGAAGGCGGCCAUGAGCGACGACGGGAACUACGUCGUGUGCAACCCCGCCACCAAGGAGGUCUGGGCCGUGCUGCCCGUGCCCCGAAAUAAGAUCAUGAUGCGCCUCAACACCGCCCGCCUCUGCUUCGACCCCGCCGCCCCUGGCCGAUUCGUGGUGUUCGUGUUCUUGCAAAGCUUUCGUGGGAUUCAGACCGUGGAGGCCUAUGCCUCGGACACCGGGCGGUGGACCUCCAUGCGGAGCGAGUGGAGCCCCAAGACCCUCCUCCUCGGCGAGGAUUCAGAAUGCGUCUUCUUGAACGGCACUUUGCAUCUGGUCGACGCCGACCAUUCUGAUGCCGAUUUUGACUGGGAGGGGAACCUGAUACGCUGGAUGGUGACUGUGGACAUGGAGGGUAAAACAUGGAGGAAGAUCCGAUUGCCGGAUUCCAUCUAUAAUGGUUUCAUCGGGCAGUCGCAAGGACGCCUAUACGCAACACAUGUUGAAACUGAAGGUAGAUGCCAGCUAUCCAUUUGGGUUCUUGAGGAUUAUGCCAGCGGACAAUGGACCCUGAAGUGUACCGCCAGCAUUUUGGAAUUGCUAGGAAGGCCUCACCAUGAGCCCGGCGAACACUACACGCUGAUCGCGAUCCAUCCAGAGUGCAGUUUGAUCUUCCUAGUAGCGAGCCGUGAAAAAACACUUAUGUCGUACGAUAUGGAUACCAGUAAACUGAGUAUUAUCUGCACUCUCGGAGACCGCCAGCCACGAAGAUUUCAGCCAUACAUUCCCUGUUUCGCGGAGAAGCCUCGGUAA